GGCCUGUCAGCGCCAGAGGCAGCUCAACGUGCCGGGAAAAUGUGGAAAGAAGAGGUGGAUGCUGAAACGAAACAGAAAUACGAGAAGAAAGCAGCCGAAGAUAAGGAGCGAUAUGCGCGUGAGAUGAAACAGUAUGUGGAAAGUGGUGGGGCUGCAUCUGCAUCUGGAAGUUCUGUUCCGGCCAAGAAAUCGAAAACAUCAUCACCAACCAAAUCGCCAGCAAAAGCGAAAUCGAAGGAAUACGUCUCAGAUGACGAUAGUGACUCAUCGGAAAGUGAUAAUAAACCAUUGAAGAAGACUGAAAAGAAGGCAAAGAGUGAAAGCGAGGAGUCUGAAAUGAAUUCGGGUGAUGACGACAGCGAUUAA